AUGGCGCAGUCAUGCACGGCCGAAAGGACAACGAUCCGCAAGGAAUGGGGCGAGAUGGCACCAGCCGAGCGAAUCAACUACACCGAUGCAGUGCUGUGUCUAUCCCGAAAGCCUCCACGACUGCCAACGGCAGAAUAUCCGGGUGUUCGCAGCCGGUUCGAUGAUUUUGUUGCUACUCAUAUCAACUAUACCCUGCACGUCCACUAUAGCGGCCUGUUUCUACCCUGGCACCGCCGAUUCACUUGGCUAUGGGAAAAGGCUCUCCGGGAGGAAUGUCACUACACAGGUUAUCUUCCGUACUGGAACUGGCCCUUGUGGACGAGCGACCUCCACAAAAGCCCCCUCUUUGACUGCAGCGAAACAUCUCUCUCCGGCGACGGAGAGUACAACCCAGGCGAACAGGCUCUAUCCGGCGGCAAUGUAACUAUACCCCGUGGAUCAGGUGGAGGCUGUGCUCGAUGUGGCCCGUUCAAAGACUUCACGACUCAUCUGGGCCCAUUCUCACGCGACCUGAGUUCGUUGACCGAGAUUCCUUCACCAAAGUUCGACUAUAACCCACAAUGCUUGAACCGGAGCUUGAAUAACUUCGUCACUUCGCACUAUAACAACGCGACCAUCGUUUCGCGUCUGAUGGCAUCGACGGAUAUCGUGGAUUUCCAGACUGUCAUGGACCAUUGGCCACCCCGACCAGACGGUGUCCUAGGGCCUCACGGUGGAGGCCAUUUUAGUCUCGGGGCCACAAUGCAAGAUCUGUUUGCAUCACCGCAAGAUCCGGCGUUCAUGCUGCAUCACUGUAUGAUCGAUCGGCUAUGGGCGAUGUGGCAGAGCAGAGAUGAAAUGAAUCGCCGACAUGCCCUCAACGGUACGACCACCAUCUUAAACCCGCCCUGGGGCCAGCAAGUCACACUGGACACGAAGAUGGAGUUUGGAGUCCUCGAUGGGCCGCGGAGGGUUGGUGAGGUCAUGAGCCCAACUGAGCAUGGGCUUUGUUAUACAUAUACUUAA